AUGAAAAAAAAAAAUGGAUUUGGAUUAUCCAAACAUAACAGUGAUAGAGAUGAUAAUAAUAUUGAUAAUAAUGAUAGGGAUGAUAAUGAUACUGAUAGUAGUGAUGUUAAUUGUAAUUUUUCUUGUUCUGCUGAUAAUAGUGGUAGAGAUGAUAAUGGUACUGACAGUAGCGAUAAGGAUGAUAAUAAUAUUGAUAAUAAUGGUAAGGGUGAUAAUAAUAUUGACAGUAGUGAUAGCGAUAAUAAUAAUACUGAUGAUAAUGGUAGGGAUAAUAAUACUGAUAAUAAUGGUAGGGAUGAUAAUAAUACUGAUAACAGUGAUAGAGUUAGAAAUAAUAUUGAUAAUAGUAACAGGGAUGAUAAUAAUAUUAAUAAUGAUGACGAUAAUAAUGAUAACGAUGAUGAUGAUGAUGAUGAUAAUAUUGAUUAUAAAUUUGAGGAUGAAAUAGUGGUGAUUGAUAAAAUGUGUAUAAUAAAACAUCUGGCAUACUAUUAUUUUUUCCUUUCUUAUCCUCUUCUGCUUUUACCGCUUGGCGGAAAAUAA